CAUGACGACAGACAUGUCACAUGACAUGAUGUCAUCGAACAAAAGUUCUUAUAGGUGAGUGGAUCAUCUGAAAAAUCCAGUUCAGCUCUCGUCGGUGACUGUGUUCUGUUCCAGCCCAGCUGUUACAACAAGCCCCCGAUAGUUUUCUGACGCAUUCGCUCUGUGCUUUACUGCAGUUACUUUGCAGAUUUUUAAGCAACUUCUGAGAGUCGUGUAUUUCCUCUUUACGUUUUGAUUUUUGGGAAUAUUUUUAAAAUAUCUUCCAAGAAUACUAUGGCUCAUCAGGGACAUCAGUAUUUCUCCAUAAGAAGCCACUUCCAGGAGCCCCAGCCACGAGCCAUGACCGUCAACCCCCACCAGAGUCACUAUGGAACCCAGGUUCUGCCGAGACACGCAGAAUCUGGCUUCCAUGCAGACUAUUAUAUUGAUCAACUCCAUCAAGAGUUGGAGGAAACCAAGAAACAAUUGGCCAAACAGAAAGAACUCAAGGAGAAAUGUAUUAAUGAUAACAAAGAACUCAAGCGAGAACUGGAGAGGCUUCAGAAAUAUGCCCAUCCACAAGUUUUGAGCGCCGCCAAAAUCUCCAACCAAGUUCAAAGCGCCAUCAAACAGCGCAAGAAGAAGGACCUCCAGAGAGAUUACGAGGAAUUGAAAGUGGCCUACGUAACAAAUGAGGCAAAGUUUUCUAAAGACCUGGAGGCAGAGCGUGAGAAGAACAACAUCCUUCAGCAAGAACUCCAACGUCUCAGACAGCAGCUGGAUUCCCAAACUAAAGAAUCCAAAUCGGAGACUUUCCUGAAGGAAGAAGUCCAACACUUGAAGGCAGCUCAAGCAGACCUCGCCUCCAAAUGUGACGCCCAAAUUUCAGCUGCCAAAAAGGAAGUGAAAGUCCUGCGCCAGGAGCUGGAAGAUCAGAGAUCGGUUUGCUCGCAAGAACUUGAUCAUCAGCAGCAGAUCAUCAACAGCCUCAAAGCGGAGCAGGACUUUGCCCUCCAAACCGUGGCCAAGCACAUCGCCACCAUGACCGUGGCGUCCUGCAGAAGAGAGUUGUGCCUUCAGGCGGAGCUCCACUGUCUGAAAGUUCAGCUCAAAGACAAAGACAGCCAGAUGGAUGAACUGCUGAAGGAAAACUGCGCCCAGCAGCAGCCUCUGGUCCUCGUGGUCACUGUCAUCCAAACCACAGAGGAGACUCAGAACGUGGACUUGGCCUGGGAGACAACACAGCUCUCAGAACCUGAAGGUCUUCAGGGAAUCAAAGAGAUUCCUGAAGACGUUCCAGAAUCAAAAAAGAAGUCUCCCUCCUUUUGGAAAAGAGCAAGACGUUUUCUGGGGCUGAAAAAAUCACCAAAAAAACAAAAUUAGGCUCCUAUGUUUAUUCCUCUAAAUGUGGUUCUUCAAACUUUUGUAGUGAAAGUAAUGAAAGUAGUUUUAGGUUUCUUCCAAUUCUUUUGAUAUAUUUGUGUGCACUUAGAUCAGUUUAAGCAAUUUUUUCCAUGUAGUU